CCUACAUAUGAAAAUUCGUCACAUAUUUGAAACAUUGUAUUACUCCGCUGAAUUGACCAAACUUUUUUGUCAUCUCGUUUCCUCAUUGGGUCCAGACGCCAUCUGGCGUUUGUUUAACGUAUCAACAUUUGUAAAUUACCCUACUUCCGAUCACGAGGUAUGUUCUAUAGUAGCUAAACUCAUGUUGAAGAUUUUCCCAGUGAGUGAAGGGACUUGACCAGUGUGUCACUGUCAGAUACUUGAAUAUCUUUGAUGAUAUUUGCAAGAAUCUUAAGAAGGAUGGCAGCAUUAACCACCACCGUCCCUGAGAGACAUGUGAUUUGGGAGGCAGAGCAGCUCGUGGCCUUCCUACACCCUCGCCCCUGGACCCUGGGGACCACUGUGGUGACCCUGAAGACCAACGGAGGCCCGAGUAGUCUCUUCGAGCUGCCUGAACCAGACUUCAUCACCAUGAUGCUGGGAGCACGGCUGGUGGGGGCUCUGCUGUGCGAGCGCCUCCGCGUCAAGCGCUGCGCCCUCGUCCACUGCCCCGGCAGGUCGGAGCGGGGUCCCCCGCAGCUGCGCUUGCUGCCCCUGCACGGUCUGGAGGCGGACUGGAGGCCUCACCUGGCCGCCGAGGAGGACUUCCAGCAGCACGACCCCGGCUACUGCAGCUCCAAGAGUGGCCCGCGGUGGGACAGCGCACGUCUCGAGGAGAUGCGCGGCCGCAUCCGCGCCAAGCUUCCUGCGCCGGAGGCCCCGCCCAGCUACGCCUUCUACGGCGACGACCCGGCGGACCCGGGGCUGUUCCCGCGGAUCGUGCGCGGCGAGGAGCAGCAGUGGCGCGUGUGGGAGGACGACGGGCACGUGGCGUUCCUCACCCCCUUCCCCAACGCCCCCGGCCUGACCGUGGUGGUGCCGCGGCGACCGCUGACCAGCGACAUCCUCCGGCUGGAGGAGCAGGACUACAGGGGCCUGGCCCUGGCCACGCGGAAUGUUGCCCGGCUGCUUAAGGCGUCGCUGGGAGCGCGAGCCGUCGCACUCAUCUUUGAGGGCUUUGAGAUUGACUACGCCCACGCUAAGCUCAUACCACUGACCCAGCCUGAGGCCGACGGAACCCACUGGGCCCCCAGCCCCCCUUCAGAGUUCUGUGAGAUUUACCCCGGCUAUGUAACAUCGGCCGACGGCCCUCUGGCCAGUCCAGAGAGCCUUCGAGAGAUGCAAAUCUCACUCGCAAAGGCCUAGCAGAGGAAACCAUGUCGUUUGCAUGGCCUCUUAUUAGAGAUCACUAUCACAUGAAACAUUUCACAAUAUUUUGUAUGAUGUUUAAACAUAAAAAAGACUUGUUUAGUUGCAAGUGGAUUUGUAUUCAUUUGUAUGCUUGAUCCAAUUGACAUGUGCCUUCCACGCUGCCUAUUUGCCUAUAGUGGGAACAUGUUGAGUGAGUCAGGAGAGGGCCGUAGGCAAAUACCAGAGAGGUUUAUGAGCAUGGCAGUGUAAACCAUAAUUCCAACGUGGCGCUUCCUUUAGUUAAUCCUUUUUAACCUUUGAAUCAGUUUCUCGUUAAGGACGAAGAUAACACAUUUAUUCCACGUUGUACAUUGAUACGGUUUGCAAAGAUUUGCAACAAAAAAAAAACCUAACCCCAUGUACAGUACCUAACCCUCACCUAAAUGUUUUUCAUGUGAGUGUGUUAUAGCUGCCAUGUUCUGGGCUUGCUGCUGAGCCCUGACUCUUCUGAAACAUCUCCCUCCUCUGCUCGCCCACGUUAAGCUCCCCAGGCAAAUCCUUAAUCAAGGAACAAGGGCCUCUCUUUUUGGAAAUACCACUUGGCUUAAGUCUCACUGUAAAACAUGAUUUUUUCCCCCCUCUCCUUUCACCAGUGGAGGGGUGACUCAUGGUGGAUGUAGUCUGUUUCUGUACAGCUCUGUCACAGGAGGAGAAAAUGGAGAGGCACUGUGCUAUUUUAUCCACUCCUCACAUCCUUUUUCUCUGUCAGAGCUGGUCAUGUGUUUUGCCAGCUUCUCAUUUCAAAGAACCAACUCACUGUUCCUCGUAACCAAAGAGAAACCGCUCCUCAUUACCCUGUACAGAGAGUAGCAGCAGCAUGUCUGCUAUGUGCUCUCCAGUGCCUUAUUUAAUCUGGCAGCCUUGAUCAUCUUAUAGAUGUGUUAUACUGUAAAAGAGCAUAUAGAGUAUAAAGAGUUAUACUGUAACAUCACUAAAGCCUAUGCUGGUACUUUAUACAGAAUUUACCCAUAGCACUUACAGCUGAAUCAGCUCUGAACUGUGUGAUCUACAACACACUAGGUCUUGUCUGACCUCAUCAUAUGUUUCAUAUUGCAGAAGGAUUCCGCAUUGUAUGCCUCUGGAAUACCAGUUAUGUUGUGCCCAGUAAAUGGACUCUGUAAGCAAUCUGUAUACUUUGUUCUCCGUCCACUCAAUCAUUCCUUUACCCAUGUUCACCUUACAUUUUAUACGUUGUUAAUUAAAUGCAAUAAAUGUUGCUAAUACUAC